CAUCACACAAGUUUGGGGGUCGGUUGUCCCUUUGGUCAUUCUUAUUCUUUUCAUAAGCAAAGGGUUUUAGAGUUUCCUUUCAUCGCCUAAACAAGUUGAUUCCUCCAGGCGUGCGCUGGCGUAAAAUUCUUUGAUUAGCCAUUCAAUCGUUGUUAAAUAAUGCAGCAAGAUUGCCAAAUAGAACACCCUCUGUUUGGAGGUGCAAUCACUAGCAGUUUCCCUCUUAGAUUUCAGGAUGUGAGCAAUAUUCGUCAAGUUCCUGAUCACCAGGAAGUAUUUGUAGACCCCGAUCGUGAUGAAAGCUUGAUCUUUGAGCUUUUGGAUUAUAAACAUGAAGUUGGAGAUAAUGGAAGUGCCUCUUGGUUUCUUCAAGACCUUGCUAAUGAACAAAAUGCUGAAGGAUGCACGCUGUUUGAGCAGUCAGAGGUAGUUGAGGCCCCUGGAAUUCUUUCCAGGAACAUUCCGACUGUUAUUUCUACUGCUGUGGGCCAGAUGAAUAUUUCCAAGGGGAAACAAGGAAGGGAAGCACAAAAUAUCGUCAAAGUUUAUUUGGCAAAUAUACGUCUUAAGGGAGUUGACACAGAUGUGCUUGUAACUGCAUAUGAACCAGUACUAAUAAAUCCUUUGAGUGAAAGUGCCAGAAUGGUAGGUGCUGGUAUGGCGGUUCCUGCUGCACAAUCUGGGUACCUGCCAAUGUCUGAGGUCUUUAAACUUGCCGUCUCUACCUUCAAAGUGAUUGACUGGAAUCUUUUCGGCGGUGCUUCUGCCUGA